UUGGAUGAUGCCGAGUUUGAUUUACCAACAGUUGAAAAAGCACCAACAUUGGAGAGUAUUUUAAAUGAGGUAAGAUUGAUUUCUCACCUUUUUUCCCCUGAUUUUAAUAUUAUAUGCGUACAUGAAAUGUGGAGCACACAUUGGUUAUGUCCACCUUUACUCUUCAGGAAGAAAUUACCGAAGAAGCCAGUACAUGGUUCAGUUUUACGACCAUGUAGGUUAAAAAGUUUGUCUGCUCAGUUAUUGUCUGCUGCUGAUAGGGUUGAUGCUGGUAUGCCAACUGCCAUUGCUGUAGCUAAUUUGAUAGCGAUUGGAUGUUCACAUGGUUUGGUUCUAGUCUUUGACCCUAAACAAGUAUUAAAAUGGUGUUUAGGUAGUACUGCUGUUGGUUCUCAAUAUGGUUCAGUAUCAGCUCUUAGUUUCAAUAGAGACUGCUCCAGACUGCUGUGUGGCUUCGCUAAGGGACAGAUUACCAUGUGGGAUCUUACCAAUGGUAAAUUAAUCAGAACUAUAACCGAUGCUCAUCCACAAGGAACAGCUAUAUUACAUGUGAAGUUCACAGAUAAUUUAACUCUAGCUGUUUGUAGUGAUAGUGGUGGCUCAGUAUUCGAACUAGAAUUCAAGAGAUUAAUUGGCGUUAGAACUUGUGAAUCGAAAUGUUUAUUCUCUGGAAGUCGAGGUGAAGUGUGUGUUAUUGAACCAUUACAUAUGAACUAUACAAUCAAAGAUCAUCCAAUGCAAGAUGUUACAGUUCUAGCUAUGGCUUCCUUAUCAAAGGUUUUAUUGGUAACAUUAAGACCAAAUUUAAAAGUAAUGUUCAUGCAGCCAUUAAAGGGUGAUGCCUCUACAUUACCAUUAUUAGCUUGGCAGUUUGUGGUCAUUCAAGUAUCAGAGGAAGACAGAGUUAUUGACCCUGUUUUAGCCUAUGGUCGAGAUCAAACGAUAUAUUUUUACCAAGUUAUAUGUAAAGGUCCUCAAGACAUUAGAUGUUCUGGUCUACAGAAAAUUGAUCUUCCUUAUAAACUACUCAGUAUUAAUUGGAUGAAUGCCAGAACUCUAGUAACGCUUGAUAAAACAGAGAAAUUACAUGUCAUAGAUGUACGCUCAGAGGAGGAGCUAGAGGUAAUAGAUAUUAGUGAUGUACAGUUGGUGUAUGGAUCGAGUUUCUUUAAAUCGCUAGCUACUGGUGGGAACGUCAGCCAGGCGCUGGCGUAUGCUGGAGAACAGGCGUGUUAUCAAUCUAUUGUAUCACAUUCCUCUCAACUAUUUACAUUGGGAACUAAAACUGUCAGUGUUUAUAAUAUUAGAUCAUGGAAUGAGAGAAUAGAUGUAUUGGUGAAACAGAAUAAAUACCAUGAAGCUUUAAGUUUAGCUCUAUCUUUCUACGAUGGUAAAGCUAAAGCUGUUGUUAGCUUAACUAGUUCCUCCUCAAAACGUAGAGAUAUUGUCUCUCAUUUGAUUUUAGAGUUAUUAUUUGACUAUGUAGAUUUAUCAAUGACUAAGCUAUGUCCUGAUAAAGGUAAAAUAGAGGCACUAGAAGAAUACUAUCAGGAAAUAGUACCAGUUUGUGUAGAUUAUUGUCUUCACCUCAACAGAACUGACGUAUUAUUUGGUAGAAUAUACGAACGUUUCGGUGAAGAUAUAAUAGCUAAAGGAACCUUUCUAGAAUGUUUAGAACCUUAUAUAUUAAAUGAUAAAUUAUGCGCCAUCCCACCAGCUGUGAUGAAAGAUUUUGUAUGUAAUUAUGAAGAGAAGGGGAUGUUAGAUAGUGUAGAAGCCUGUAUAGUUCAUUUAGAUAUAGCCAGUCUUGAUAUACAUCAGGUUGUUAAUCUAUGCUGGGGUCAUGGUCUAUAUGAUGCCAUUAUCUAUGUAUAUAAUCAAGGAAUGCUGGACUAUGCUACUCCAUUAGAGGAACUGUUAAUGUUACUAAGUGAAGCUGUAUCUGCAGGCAAGCCAUUGUCAAAUGAUCAAAUUAAACUAGGAAAUAAAUUAUUAGUGUAUAUAAGCUGUUGUUUGGCUGGUCGAGCCUAUCCUCUGGGUGAUAUACCAACAGAUCAUAUAGAAGAUGUUAAAAAUAAGGUAUUUGAGUGUAUCACAUGUCUACAUACUAAGAAACCAGGAUCAGAAGAACCAACCUAUCCUCAUCUUAGAACAUUAUUACAAUUUGAUACGAGAGAAUUCCUGAAUGUUCUAGCAUUGGCAUUUGAAGAAUCAGAAUUUAACACAGAACGAGGAGUUCAGAAGCGCCAGAGAUUAGUGGAUAUUUUAUUGAAAAUUAUGGUAGAAAGUGUUGGAUUUACUCCGACCCAAGUUGGAGUAUUGUUUACAUUCCUAGCAAGACAGAUGGCUAGACAUGAAAAUACUAUAAUUGUAAAUAGAGUCUUGUUUGAACAGGUGUUGGAGUUCUUGUCGAACCCAGAAGAUGAAUCACGUCAUGAAGAACGUCAACAAGCUCUGAUGGAACUGAUACACGCUGGUGGUCUGAAACAAUUUAACGAAGAUAAAUUACUCAGACUGGCUGAAAAUGCUAAAUUCUAUCGUGUCUGUGAAUAUUUAUAUGAGAAGAGAAGAGAAUAUGAUAAAAUAUUAUCAUGCUAUUUAAAGGACCCAUCAAGAAGAUACCAUGCCUUCAACUAUAUAACCAGUAUUAUAGACAGUGAUAGAACAGAGAGUGAGAAGAACAGUGUUAGAAGGGAAGCAUUGAAAAGUUUAGAAGAUUUAGUGUCUAUAGACUGUAAACAGGCAGCCCAUACUGUCAUCACCAGCCUAGCUAGUAAUUUAAAAGAUAUUGUAGACAAACUAUCAUCCAAACCUACAUUAUUGUUUGAGUUUCUACAAGGAGUCAUUUCUUAUAGAGAUGCCCAAGGAAGUGCUAUCAAUCCAGAUAAACAAGUAAAUAUAGAAGCUGAAAUUGUUGAGAAAUAUAUUUCAUUGAUGUGUCAGUUUAAACCUGGUGAAGUUUAUAAUUUUAUUAAAGCUACUGAAGGUUAUAGACUAGAAGAAACACUUGCUAUUUGUCGUGAAUAUAAAGUAUCCGAGGCUACAGCUUAUUUACUGGAGAAGGCAGGAGAUAUACACGGUGCUUUUAGAAUUAUGUUAGAGAGUGUGCAAUAUAAACUGAAAAUAUUUACUCAAAGUGUACAAUCAACAGAACAAACUAUUAAUAAUAAAGUGUUAUUUGCUGAAGUAGAAGCUGUAUUAUUAGUGAUUAUACAACUCUGUCAGAGAAACUCAGGUAAAAUGGAUGAAAGUGGUAGAGAGUCUCUAUGGUUUCCGUUAUUAGAAGCAAUCAUGUCACCUUUAAGAAAAUUGAAAGAUCAUGUGGAUAAACAAAUAUUAGAAGAUUUUAAAGAGAUGACCCGCCAUGUUUUGAACAGUAUGAUGGGAUACAUUUCUCCUCCUGCAAUACUGCAGAAAAUUGUCCAGGACCCAGCGUAUAAUACGGGUAAAUUUGGUGAAGUAAAAGAAUUAAUAAUAGGAAUGUUAGAUAACUAUAAUUAUGAACAGACUCUAAUGAAGACGUGUAAAAAUCUGUUGAAUCACGAUCUACAUGUUCAUAUGAGAAACUUAACGAAGGCUGCUAAUAAAGGGUUUGUACCAAGGGGAGAGAACUGCCAGUUAUGUGACAGAUCAUUUACAAGUUCAACUGAUUCUGAUAAUGUUAUAGUCUUUAGGUGUUGCCAUAGUUACCAUCUGCAAUGUUUACGUUCUGUAGGAUCAAUUCACGUUAUAGAAGGAUUUGAAACGUGGGUGUGUUUUACGUGUAAUAAUGCUCGAAAGACUGGUAGACUACAGAGUUCACGAUUUCAUAGAUACCUUUCUAAUCCUCAGGCUACACAGACGUCAUCUCAAAAAUCAAGAGAGAAUCUGAUGGAUCCACAGCAUGCCCAAGAUUUUGAGUAUAUUCGAAAGUCCAUGAAGACUAAAUCUAGACUUGCUAUAAUGACCGAACUUUCCAAACCAGAACAAUCUCGCACGGAUUAUACUCGUACCAAAUCCACCAUUUUUAAUCACGAGAGUUUUCAAUUAAAACUUUCCCCACCACCACCAAUGGAGCUGUAGAAACUUUUAAUUGACAUUUUAUAUUGAUCAUAGAACAAAAGAAUAGACUGUAGUGUAAUGGAGGCAAAUGAAGAAAUUUUUGAAACGACACUUUGUUUAUUCAAAUUAAAUAACUUAAAACUUAAGUACUGUGCCUGUGCUUUCGUAACUUUGUCAUUAGUACAAAGUAACACCUCUUACUCCCUAACUUUAGUAGUGUCUUUCUUUUUAAUAAUGUAUAUCAAAUUCACCCAGACCUCUUAGCCUCAUUUUAACUUAUAUUUCACUACCGUCUGUGAUUAAGUAGGAUAGAAAAAAUCCGUAUUUCAAAAAAAGAUACAGAGUUGAGGAAGUCGAGUUAUCUGCUGGAAUAGAGACAGAUGUUCCAUACUAGACAGGUAGUUAAGAUUACCGUAUUUAUUUUAAAGAAUGUUAUAUUAUUGUAAAAUAUUUGUUUAUAUUGAUGUUAUAAUAUUUAAACGGUCAACAUAGUUUGUAUUUCA